UAAACAGAAUCAAAUAAUUUCUUGUCUCCUCUUCCUCAAGGCUCAAGCCCCUCUUUCUUUGAUUAUAACCUCAGAUCAAAAUCAUAUACCUAAAACUCAAAGAACCCAUUGUUUGAUAUCCCUCUCUCUCUCUCUCUCUCUCCCCCCCAAAAACAAAAUUCAAGGCCAUCAAGAACCACCAUGAAGUCUAAAACUCCAUUCUCAAUCAACCUCAAGCUCAUCCUUCUCUGCUUUUUCUUUCUCUUGCUUCUCAUCUUAGUAACAAGAUCAAGUUUUUCGUCUUCCCAGCAACCAAUCUCAGAAACCCAUCUCUCAAACUCAACAAGCACCACUCAAGGACCACAAUCAUCAACAGCAACACCAUGUCCAUCCCUACCCUUAUCACAAACUUGCACCAAAACCCCACCUUCCCUAGCCAAUGCUCUCAUCCACUAUGCAACAACCAACAUAACCCCACAACAAACCUUCAAAGAAAUCUCAGUUUCAGCAAGAAUCCUAGCCAAAAAAUCACCAUGUAACUUCCUAGUCUUUGGCCUAGGCCAUGACAGUCUCAUGUGGACCUCACUCAACCAUGGUGGCCGCACGGUUUUCCUAGAAGAAGACAAGUCAUGGAUCGAGCAAAUCCUUGAACGUUUGCCCACAUUAGAGUCAUACCAUGUUGAGUAUGACACCAAGGUUCACCAAGCUGACCAGCUCAUCAAGAUUGGAAUGGAAGAAAACUGCAAAGUUGUGAGUGAUCCAAGAUUCUCAAGGUGCCAACUUGCACUCAAAGGCUUUCCAAGUGAAGUGUAUGACAUAGAAUGGGACUUGAUCAUGGUGGAUGCACCUACUGGGUACCAUGAUAAUGCCCCCGGAAGAAUGAGUGCUAUAUACACAGCUGGAUUGAUGGCUAGGAAUAGAGAGGAGGGUGAGACUGAUGUGUUUGUGCAUGAUGUUGAUAGAGUUGUGGAGGACAAGUUCUCUAAUGCUUUCCUUUGUGAAGGGUAUUUGACAGAACAAGAAGGGAGAAUAAGGCACUUCACUAUCCCAAGUCACAGGGCUCUCCUUGGUAGACCCUUUUGUCCAUAGAGGUUUCAUUCUGUGUCUUUUUUUAUUUGCCUGUAUUUUUUUUUUACCACAAUUCUUGUUUUGUCAUAGAUUUAUUAUUUACUUGAGAGAAUUGGAGCUGGGAUUUUCCUUUCAUAUAUA